AGAUGAACAAAGAUGAUUAAAGAGAAACGAAAAACAACUUCAAGUCUUCACUAAAAGAUGAGCUCGUGGUGGUCGUGUCGUUCCCGGCGGCGGUGCUGCAGGUGAGCGGCCAUGUUGGUGGCACGCGCGGCGCUCGCGGCGCUGCUGCUGCACGCCGCGCGGUCCUACCUGCUGCUAGUGCCCGACACCGCCCCGCCCGGACACACCGUCCUCGACGCCGCUGUCUACAAGCUCGGCUCCGAGCGCAAGUACUCCAUCGACGUCCAUCGCACCGCCAACUUCGUGCACCACAUCCUUCGCGUCAACCGAACGUCGGGUCUCGUCACGCUGCGGAAAAGGCUGCGAUGCGAUGGCGUGCUCUACCCGAAUUUGUUCACGUUCUACGUCGACUCCACGUCUGAUCGCAUCCGGGACAUCGACUACUACAGCCUGCCCGUCCGCGUGCUGGUCACCGGCGAGGACUGCGUCCGACGGCACGCAGAUCUCUACGACAUAGACUUUGACCGCGUUUACGACCAGAGCGAUGCCGCCGACCAGUACGACGACGACGCGCCGCGAGACAAGAGGGAGGUCAAAUACCAGGAGAGCAUGGAUUGGCGGCUGCUGGAGGGAGAGGAGUUGGAUUCUAGUCAAUACAAUGUGCUUUCAACGGCACAUCCGUGGUCCUUCUCCAUGUUCGAGGACUACGUCGCUCACAAUAGAAGUAGGAAGAAAAGAUCUCCUUUGGUACCUUUCGAUAUGGCCAUAGACGUGAAGAUCGCGGAGGCGAGGCAGUGGGUUUCGGAGACGUACGCCAGCUUCUCGAUACCCACGACGGAGCGGUGGCAGGGGAUCUGCCUAAAGCAGUCGCAGUUCGUGAACUCCCUUACCGCGUUCCUGCCUCGCACCGUUCAGAAGAAUUGCAAGGUGCAGUUCCUGGACGUGAGCGAUCCAAGGUUUCUCAUAGAGAACUCGCAGGGGGAUUUAGUUGCGAGGGACGACGUCUGCAUCCAGGAGCCGAUGUGGAAAGUCUCCGUUCUGUUCACCUUCAACUGCGACAAGACGAAUAUCAUAGACUCGGAUCAUCGGCUGAAGAUUGUGUACCAUCAUCAGGAGCUAAACGACACGGACAUAGCGAAACGAGUUAAGAGGGAGCUGAGGAACCAGUCGCCGUACUUCGAGCAGGCGCUCUACGUGGCUUCGGUGGCUGAGGAGCAGCCUCCUGGUGUGGUGGUCACUACUGUAAGAGCUCGUGACCCAGAGAACAGCCCAGUGACUUACUCCAUGUCGAGUCUGCUGGACUCCCGAUCAGCCGGCAUGUUCGCUGUGGACACGCGGACUGGGGUUGUCACCACACAGGCCCGCCUCGACCGAGAACGCCUGGACGUGCAUUACUUCAGGGUAGUGGCUCAAGACGAUACCUUCCCGCCGCGAAGUGGCACGACUACACUGCAGAUCAACGUGUUGGACUGCAACGACCACGCGCCAGUAUUCGAGAUGCAGCAGUACGAGGCGUCGGUACGGGAGGGGGCCAGCGCCGGCACCACCGUUCUCACGCUCAAGGCCACGGACCAGGAUAUUGGGAAGAAUGCUGAGGUGGAAUACUCAAUAGACUCGGUAAUAGCUGACGGAGUAGACCAGGAUAAUGAGUCAGUAGACUCUGGCGAGCAGACAGAGAGCAACGUCUUCCGGGUAGACGGCAGAAGUGGGGCGCUGCUGACCAGGGAUUCCCUGGACCGGGAGAAGGUCUCCCGAUAUACUGUCAUCGUGAAGGCAACGGAUCAGGCCAGCCCGCUGUCCGAUAGAUUGUCCAGCAGUGCGACGGUAUACGUGAACGUGCUCGACGACAACGACAACUACCCGCAGUUCAGCGAGAAAACAUACACGGUUACCGUGGACGAGGACAUCAGCGUCUCCGAUAGCCCCGUUAUAGCGAGGAUAAAAGCAACAGACGCGGACGUGGGUGCGAAUGCUGCUAUCCGCUACGCGAUCAUCGGCGGCAACAACCAGAUGCAGUUCUCCAUCGACAGCCUGAGCGGCGACGUCGCACUCGUCAAGCCGUUGGACUAUGAGCAGACGAGGAGCUACCGCCUUGUGAUACGGGCGCAGGAUGGUGGUAGUCCGUCCCGCUCCAACACGACUCAGCUGCUGGUCAACGUGAAGGAUGUGAACGAUAACGCGCCGCGCUUCUACACCUCGCUGUUCCAGGAGUCUGUCAGCGAAAAUGUCCCUGUGGGAUACAGCAUUGUUCGGGUGCAAGCUUACGACGCCGACGAGGGUGCGAACGCAGAACUGACAUACACGCUAGCAGACAAGGAGUACAAUGGGAACGAGCUGCCGAUAGCGAUUGACGCGCGAUCCGGCUGGGUGUAUACUGUCGCCGCGCUUGACCGAGAGAUGCAGUCCAAGUAUCAGCUGCAGGUAACCGCAACAGACGGCGGUACGCCCCCGCGGUCCGCCACAGCAGCGGUAGUUGUCGCGGUGCAGGACGUCAACGACAACGACCCGGUGUUCGCGCCGGCGCACUACGACCUCGCGCUGGCCGAGGACGAGCCGCCCGGGACGCCGGUUGUUACAGUCACUGCCUCCGACGCUGACGAGGAUAACAGAUUACAUUACGAGAUCACGGGCGGCAACACGCGUGGGCGUUUCGCGAUCACGUCGCAGAACGGGCGCGGGUUGAUCACGGUGGCGCAGCCGUUGGACUUCAAGCAGGAGCGGCGUUACGUGCUCACCGUGACCGCGACGGACUCGGGCGGGAGAUCCGACACUGCAGCUGUCCAUAUCAACAUCACCGAUGCCAAUAACUACGCCCCUGUGUUUGAGAACGCGCCGUAUACUGCUUCGGUGUUCGAAGACGCGCCCGUGGGCACAACAGUACUCGUCGUGUCCGCAACUGACAGCGACGUGGGCGUGAACGCUCAAGUGACGUACACACUGAGCUCGGAGGUGUCGAGCGAGGCGGUCCCGCACCACGACCGAGAGUUCCUCAUACACCCGCACACUGGCGCUAUUACUACUAACAAGCCGUUGGAUAGGGAGACGAUGAGCGGUUAUUUACUGACGGUGACGGCGCGAGACGGCGGCGUGCCGUCUCUAUCUGACACCACCGACGUAGAGAUCUCGGUUGUGGACGUCAACGACAACGAACCCGUCUUCAAACAGCAUCUGUAUACGGCAACGAUCAUGGAGGAUGCUUUAGUUGGCACCUCAGUGACACAAGUGAGCGCGACGGACGCGGACGUGGGCCUCAACGGGCGCGUGCACUACGAGCUCGAGUCACGUGAUCGCGAGGAGGGCUCGUUCGUGAUCGACUCGGCGUCCGGCGUGAUCAGAACUAACAAGGCGCUAGAUAGAGAGUCAGUUGCAACGUAUGACUUAAAGGCGUUAGCGAUUGAUGGUGGGACUCCGCCGCAGAGCUCUUCGGUGAUCGUCCACAUAAAAGUUGAGGAUAUAAACGAUUCUCCUCCCGUCUUUGAGAGCGAAUGUCUGACGUUCUACGUGCCUGAGAACAGCCCCAUCGGCACUACGGUUGGAGAGGUGUACGCGAGGGACCCUGACGAAGGACCUAACGCUGUGGUACAUUAUUCUAUCAAAGGUGGAGACGAUUCAAACAGCUUUUCCCUGGAAACUCGUCAGGGCUCCGACAAGGCUGAACUUGUGACUAUGGUAGACCUAGACUAUGAGAGUCCAAGGAAGAAAUACGAGCUCAUCAUCAGAGCUGCAAGUCCACCGUUGUGGAACGACGUCAGAGUGGAGAUAUUAGUUACUGAUGUCAACGAUAAUGCGCCCAUGUUGAAGGAUUUCCAAGUGAUAUUCAACAACUUCAAGGAUUGCUUUCCGGUGGGACCGUUUGGGAAAGUACCUGCGUAUGAUGCUGAUGUUUCUGAUAAGCUGCAAUAUCGUAUCCUAUCGGGAAAUAACGCUAACUUAGUUCUGAUGAACGAGACUACGGGUUCAAUGACCUUGUCGCCGCAACUCAACACCAAUGUACCCAAACUGGCUACUAUGGAAAUAUCUGUUACUGAUGGAGUGAACGAAAUAAAAGCGGUAAUGCAGCUUCUAGUGCGGCUGAUAACGGAGGACAUGCUGUUUAACUCAAUAACAGUUCGUCUCAACGACAUGACAGCGGAGCGGUUUCUGUCACCGCUACUAAGCUUCUUCGUGGAUGGACUAGCGGCGAUCAUACCGUGCCCGAAAGAGAAUAUAUUCGUUUUUAGUAUUCAGGAUGACACGGAUGUAUCCGGCAACAUACUGAACGUGUCGUUCUCCGCGCGGCGGCCGGAUGCCGAGGUGGGCGUGGCCGGCGACCGCUCCGCCUACUACACGCCCACGCAUCUACGCGAGCGGGUCUACCUGCACAGAUCUACGCUGGCCAGGCUAGCUACUGUACAGGUGCUGCCAUUCGAUGACAACGUAUGUGUCCACGAGCCCUGUCUUAACUUCGAGGAGUGUCUCACGGUGCUGAAGUUUGGUAACGCGUCGGGCUUCAUCGGCAGUGACACCGUGCUGUUCCGGCCCAUAUACCCUGUUACUACGUUUACAUGUCAAUGUCCGCAUGGGUUCACAGGCACGCGCGAACACUACAUGUGCGAUACGGAGGUGGACCUGUGCUACUCGUCGCCGUGCGCGCGCGGCGGGACGUGCGUGCGCCGUGAGGGCGGGUACACGUGCGUGUGCGCGCCUGGUACCACCGGAGAGAACUGUGAGACAACCCUAACGAAGGCCACGUGUGAAAUGAACGGCGACGGGUCUAUAUGUCGCGGCGGGUCGCAGUGCGUCGCGCGGCGUGAGGGCGGCAUACUCUGCCAGGGCUGCUCCAUCGACGCCGCGUAUACGACGGAUACUUGUGAACUGCGCGCGCGCAGCUUCCCCGCUGCGUCGUUCCUUACUUUCCCCAGCUUGCGGCGACGGCAUCGAUUUAAUAUUAAAUUAAAAUUCGCAACACAAUCGUCCUCCGGCCUCCUCUUCUACAACGGUCGGUACAACGAGCGUCACGACUUCGUAGCUCUCGAACUGAUCCGUGCGGGCGCGGGGCGGGGAGGGGCGGGGCUGCGGCUCUCGUUCGCAUUGGGCGGCGCGCGCGCUGACGUCACAGUGCAAGCCAGACUAGCCGACGGAGAAUGGCAUAGCGUGGAGGUGGACUAUUUUAAUAGGACCGCUACCCUCAUCGUGGACGAAUGCGACCGCGAGCUCUCGUUGGCCGGCGCCGCUGAAUUCGGCGAGAAGUUCGCCUGCGCCAACUUUACGCAGAAAGUGCUGCCGCCGCGCUGCGAUAUACCGACAGAGACCUGUCAUAGAUUCCUAGACCUGACGGGGCCUCUACAAAUAGGUGGACUUCCCAACUUGCCGAGCAGUUUCCAAGUUAAGAACAAGGACUUUGUCGGUUGCAUCUCGGAUCUUUACAUAGAUCACAAAUUCGUUGACCUCAAUAGCUACGUAGCCGACAACGGAACUCUAGCUGGAUGUCCCGAGAAGCGGUCACAGUGCAGCAGCGCACCCUGUUACAACAACGCCGAGUGCGAAGAUCUAUGGGACACUUUCCUAUGCCGCUGCCCUGAAGGAUACACGGGGAAGGACUGCGCUGAAUCAACGUCAGUCCCCUGGCGUUUCAGCGGCGACGGUAUGCUGUCUUUCAAUCCUCUGCUGCGGCCGAUACAGCUGCCGUGGCUCAACGCGCUGUCGCUUCGCACGCGACAGCAGGACGCCUUUCUCAUGUCCAUACAAGUGGGACAGAACAGCACUGUAUUGAUUACGCUAAAAUCCGGACUCCUACACUACUCAUACAACGGCGAAACCAUGUUCCUCCCAUCACCGAACCUGGCAGACGGUGUGUGGCAUCGUGUAGAGAUAAAAUGGCUUGGCACAGACAUCUCAGUGGCCAUAGACUAUGGGCUUCGUAACGCACUUCUACCGAUGCUGGCCAAUAAGAUCCAAGGGCAGUACAUAGGGAAGAUUCUGAUUGGUGGACUUGACACGACCGCCGGCAUAUUGAUGUCAGACGUUGGAUAUUUAGAAGGUUGUAUACAGGACGUUCGUGUGGGUACAGCUCAGUCGCUACUGAAUCGACCUACUGUCAGAGAAAAUGUAAGAGACGGUUGCCAGUCCAGAGCAGAUUGUCUUCUGUCUAACUGCCCUUCAAAUAGUAAAUGUAUAUCAUCGUGGGACGUAACGGAAUGCGAGUGCACGCACGGGCGCUACGGGCCGUCUUGCGUCGCGGCGUGCGAUUUACGUCCGUGCGGCGAACACGCACGCUGCGUGCCGGACGCAUCUCCGAAGGGCUACCAGUGUCAGUGCGAAGACGGUUAUGUGCCUACUGGUCGCUGGGGCGAGUGCGAGGAGUCAGCGGCGUGGGAGUGUCCGGGCGGGUGGUGGGGUGCGCGGGCGGGGGUGUGCGGGCCGUGCCACUGCGCCGCGCCCGGCCUGCACCCGCACUGCGCGCCCGUUACUGGCGAGUGCCGUUGCAAGGAGAACCAUUACCGUCUCCCCGGGUCGGAGGAUUGCCUGCCAUGUCAGUGCUACGCUGCCGGGUCAUACAACAGCUCGUGUGAGGCGCUGACGGGGCAGUGUCACUGUCGCAGCGGCGUCAUCGGCCGCGCGUGUGACUCCUGCGCGAACUUGUACGCUGAGGUCACGCCCAACGCUGGUUGUAAAGUUGUAUACGAUGGAUGUCCAAGAUCUUUUGCACGAGGAGUCUGGUGGCCGCAGACCAAGUUUGGGAAUGAAGCUGUUACUGACUGUCCUUCGGGAUCAAGUGGCAAAGCGACUCGUCUCUGUGACAAAACGCAACUGGUCCCCUGGCAGGAGCCUGAUUUAUUCAACUGUACGUCAGCACCGUUCUAUCAACUAAGAAAACAGCUACAAAAGAUAGAAUCCGGCGAGCUAACACUCAACACGUUUGUCGGCGUACGCAUUGCGGAGGAGUUGGCGGGCGCGUGCGCGUCGUCGGCGCGACUGUAUGGCGCGGACGUGCUGUUGGCCGCGCGACUGCUGCUCGAGUUGCUGCGACACGAGAUGCGGCAGGGCGGCCUCAACCUCACACAUAGUCAGGACAAGGAUUACGUUAGAAACAUUAUAAAAACGGCAAACACAGUGAUGAACGUAGAAUACGAGAAGGAGUGGGAACGUAUCCGGGAACUGACGGGCACUGGCGUUGAGAACCUUCUACAGGAGUUCGACAAAUACAUAGCGGUGCUGGCGGAGAGUCAACACGAUACAUACACUAACCCGUUUGAGAUCGUCACUAGUGAUCUUGCAAUCGGAGUUGAUAUCGUCACAGCGGAAUCCAUCUACGGUUUUGAACCGACUCAACUCAACCGAAAUACAGAAACCUACACUACGGAAAAAGUUAUUCUGCCCGAUACAUCGUCGUUCAUACAUUCACCCAUACAAACUACAGGCUACUACGGAUUGGGGAAAUCUAAAAACAAACGACCAUCUAGUCCUACAGUGUCUUUCCCGAAAUACAAUAACUAUGUGAAGAACAAGAAUAAAUUCGACAAGUAUUCCAGAGUUCUGCUGCCUCUAGAUUUGAUCGGGAUAAGCAAUAUGCAAGAUAACAUAGAGACGAACUACGAGUCUCGUGCAGUCUUCUCCUACCUCCAAUACUCUCGUAACACCUCAAACUUAAUGCCGCUCCGUAUGGACGAGUCGGUCGGGCGGCGAUGGGGCAUCAACAUAACUGUUGGCUCACCGAUACUACAGCUUGCCUUGUAUGUGCCUGAGAGUGUCUGGUUGAGAGAGACGCAAGAUAACACCAUAGACAACGCGGAUGAUGUUGAGGGUAUCAUGUACGCUAACAAAGGCCAGCAACAUGCAGUAGAUACGAAUAGCCUGCAUCCAAACACUAAAAAUACUUGGACCAACGAAGAAACUUCAAGCCAAGACAACCACGGUCCGAUAGUUAUUCAACCAGCCUACAAAAAGCAGGAAAAACCAACCGAAAACCUUCAAGAAAACGAAUCGGCUUACGUAGCAGAAAAACUCGAUGAUUCAGAGGGACCGAAACUUAUGGCUCUUGUCAUGGAUCCGAAUGAUCUGAAGAAUGAGAAUAACACCAAAGAUGGGGGUAAAAAGAAGCUAGUGUAUAAGAGCCUUAAUGGGGUAAGACUGAAGAAGCCGAUAAGACUUCAGAUGUGGCUGGAUAUUAAUAGAGAGACGUUUGGAUCUAGGACAAACCCGCAGUGCGUGCAUUGGUCGACAGUGAGAGGUGUGGGUGAGUGGUCCCGCGUGGGCUGUCACACGGAGAUAGACUACGACUGGUCCCCGUACUCCGACGAGCCGCUGCUCAUCAACUGCACCUGCAACCAUCUCUCCACCUUCGCCGUCCUCGUCGACGAAGUGGAUAUCGAGCUAAUCCCGGAGCCAUCACUUCUCGAAUCAGUAUCAUCCUACACGGGCUUCAGUAUAUCUCUGCCUCUGCUCGCAUGGACCUGGCUAGCGCUCUGUCUGAUGCGGGGCGGCGCUGCUACGGUGUCUAAUUCCAUACACAAGCACCUCAUCUUCUGUGUGUUUAUGGCGGAGCUUAUAUAUCUCGUGGCGCUGAAGGCUAGAAGCAGCUUGGUGCAGAAUGAGUUUGCGUGCAAGUUAGUCGCGAUGUCGCUGCACUACUGGUGGGUGGCGGCACUGGGUUGGGCGGCGAGCGACGCGUGGCAGCUGCGGCGGCUGGUGCGGGAGCUGCGCGACGUCAACCACGGCCCGCUCGCGCCACACCUGGCGGCCGCGUACGCCGCGCCGGCGGUCGCGCUCGCACUCGCCGCCGGACACCAUCAGCAUCAGUACGGGAACGCCCUGUUUUGCUGGGUGAGCUGUCACGAGCCGGUGGUGUGGUGGGUGGUAGUCCCGGCCGCGGUGUUCGCCGCCGCCGCGCUCGUGUUCCUUGCGGGGGCCACGCGCGCUGCCUUCACUGUUAGAGAUCACAUUGUCGGAUUCGGGAAUUUGAGGCUGCUGCUAGCGGUGAGCGUGGUCUGCCUACCGCUGCUCGUGGGCGCGUGGGCGUCCGCGCUCGUGCUGGCGAGCGAGGCGGGGUCGCGUCGCCGGCCGCUCAGCGCCGCGCUCGCCGCCGCUGUCGCCGCGCACGCUGUUGCCGCCGCAUUGGGACUGACUGCUGCUAAUGCCCGCGUGCGACAUAACUUACGCAGGACGAUGCUGAAGUGUAUGGGCAAGAAAGUGCCGCUAGCGGACACCUCGGUGAUCAUCAGUACCAGUGCGCAGAACUUGUCACAAAUUAACAGGUCGUCGCUGGCGUACCACAGCAGCACGGAGGCGGGGCGGCAGAUGCGCAACAUCGGUAUAUCCGCCAGCUCCACCACCUCGCGCUCCACCGCCAAGACUAGCUCCAGCCCCUACAGUCGCAGCGACGGGCAGCUCCGUCACACGAGCACGUCGACGUCCAACUACAACACGAGUGCGAGCGACAUGCCCGCCUACCUUCGAGGAUUCGACUCCUCACUGCGGACCAGAAAAGACGAGGAGCGGAGUCGUCGCAAAAGCCGCGCGGAGGGCACGGGGACGGAGGACAGCGAUAGCGAGGGCUCGGCGCGCUCCCUCGACCUCGCUUCCAGCCACUCCUCCGACGACGACGAGUCCUCCCGCCGCGACUCGCACCACGCCCAUUCCGCACGUGAGCGCAGCUCAACGAACGGCGCGGGCGGCGGGUACCUGCCCAACAUCACAGAGGGCGCGCCGCUCAACAUGCCGCCGCGGUGGCCCAGCCAUAUGAGAGAAGGUGACAACUCCCGCGCGGAGGGCCGUUGGUCUCAAGACGCGGAGGGUGCGUCCCCCACUCUGCCCACUCCCGACCUGACGUCAGACGUGGUGAUGGCCCGACGACACAAACCCUCCAUACUCGAGAACGUACACGACACGUAUGUGGCGACCGUGGAUGCCACGAGACUGCCGCUAGAUAACAGAUACGGUGUCAUGGAAGACGAGUUAAUGUACGGCGUGCACUCCACCGAAACUGACAAGCGCGUGCCGUACGAGCCCGGCUACCCCAUCUCUCCUAUGUAUGGCCUUCCCGCUAACCCCUACGGGUCCAAAACGUAUCUCUCCUCUCGAACAUCCGACUACGGGUACAGCCCCACUAAAUACCUAAACACCGAUCCAAGCGUGUACGGUUCCCGGGAUUUCCGGGAUUCGAGCGUCACAGCUCGAGAUCAUGAGGGCUACCCGCCGCGGGAUUUCCGGGAUUCCGGAAUAGCUACGAUGCUCAAGAACGACUAUCAAAGGAAGAUGGAGGGAUACGAAUACAAUGACAGAAUGUCUGACGGCUCGGAGAAACAUCAUCCCCACGAUAAAUAUCUAUUCCCCUAUACAGCUGAGGAAGAUCACAUAAGUUUGCGUGGAAUAGCUCAGACGCCACAACAAAAUGUUCCUGAAAAUGUGCACGCAGCGGACGGUCAGCCGAUGGGGGCGCCACUAGCGAGUAUGGGAGAAACGAGCGAAGAGGAGGAAGUCUACUACUGAAGACGACGCGGAGACCCGAGUGUAACAUACGACGUAGUACAAGAUUUCCAAUGAAUCUCAAUUAGAUAAUUUAUUUUAUUAUAGAACACCAACUUUUGUAAAAGUAUAGAUGGUAAUAUAAAGACUGCCUCAUUACACUAUUCACUGCCAUAGCGUAGAAAGUUGAGUCUAUACUCUAUGCUUUAAUAGAAUAAUUUUGAAACCUCUCAUUUUGUAUAGUAAUUGUAGGACCUAAGAUUAAUUUUAAUAUAGACGCGUAUUUGUGUUUUGUAUACCCAACUAUGAUUGUCUGUGUAUUUGUGCAUAUAAGUUGUUUAGUAGAAUUCAUAUUUGUACCUCUUUAUACUUAAUUAUUAUUAUUAUAUUAUUAUUCUACCCAAUGUAACCUCUACCUACUCAUUAUUUAGAAGUGCUUCUCUCAAAGUAAAUGACAUUAGCCAAAACACAAAACUUAUAACUUUUUAAUAUAAGUCCAAACCAAACCUUUUGGCGCUUAGAAAACGUUUGGAACAUUUUGACUCGUGAAAUAUUUUAAUGAGGCACUGCUAGGUUUCUGACACGUAGGUGAUACUCAAUAUAGUAUUGAAUCAAAGUAAGAUUUCUAUUGAGAUUAGUAGGUUUAAGCGAAUUGUAAAUAUCAGGUAAUAUUUUAAAGAGUGUUGUGUGUUUGAACAAUUUAACGAAGAGUCCACCUAUUUUGUAAAUAAAUAGUAUUUUACACUUGUAGCCUAUAUUUAGAUGAUUAUGUAGAAAAAAUACAAAAGCUUUACUAAAGUAUAGUUGGCCAUAAUUGUUUAGCGAGGGCUAGUGCAAC